UAACGGAAGUGCGUGACUGACCUGGUGAUUACGGAAAUAUCUCCUCAGCCAGAAUCAAAUAAAUAAAGGAUUAAUAUCGCAUCGCCACCUGUGUAAUCCUGUAACACUGUCCACAAUGUCCCGGCAAUCCAACCGAACAACAGACAGCAAGAAGAUGAAUUCUGAGCUGUUCACGCUGACCUACGGAGCCCUGGUCACCCAGCUCUGUAAGGACUAUGAGAACGACGAGGAAGUCAAUAAACAACUGGACAAGAUGGGUUAUAACAUUGGAGUGCGUCUGAUUGAGGACUUCCUGGCACGCUCCAGCAUCGGCAGGUGUCAGGAUUUCCGAGAAACAGCGGAUGUCAUCGCUAAGGUUGCAUUCAAGAUGUAUCUAGGAAUCACCCCCAGUGUGACCAACUGGAGCCCAGCAGGAGAUGAAUUCUCACUCAUCCUUGAGAACAACCCGCUUGUAGAUUUUGUGGAGCUCCCAGACAACCACAGCACGCUGAUCUACUCCAACCUUCUGUGUGGAGUCCUCAGGGGAGCCCUGGAGAUGGUCCAGAUGGCUGUGGAUGUGAGAUUUGCUCAGGACACUCUGAGAGGGGACAAUGUGACGGAAAUCCGCAUGAAGUUUAUCAAGAGGAUCGAAGAAAAUCUCCCUGCAGGAGACGAGUGAUGGAAACAUUCCCUCCACUAUUCGUGUCUCACUAGGGGAGAACAGCUUCACUUACUGACUGAAAGGAUGAAUCAUCAAGAACUGAACACAUCAUGAUGGGUGGUAUAUUACUGGAGCAGAUGUUUACUAUCCUAGUCAUGUUACUUGUCUGAAAUGUAAAUUUAAAAAAAUCCUCCAUUUCUACCAUCUUACUCCCCUGUGACUCAAGGAUGGAUGCCAGAAGAGACUGUGGUGGAAAACAAAAACCCUGUAUACAACUGAACCACAACUCAAGAUUAUCACAUGGCCCUGAUACUAUGGAUAGAAGAGUCUGAAAAAGUGUUUUAGCGCCGUUCUGUUGGGAAAACACUGAAGAUCUUUGCUGUGAUAGCAGCUGUCGCUGUUAAAGAGAGCAGAUUCUUUGUUUUUCAGUUGAUGAUAAAAGAAAAAGUCUUUUAUUUGGCUAUGUUUUGACUACUUUUUUGUUUCAAGGCUGGAAAACCUUACAAUAUUAUGUUUCUAUGUUUUUCUUUUUUUAAGAAAUCACACUAUUGCUGCCAAUUAUAAGGCAUGUUAAUUUAUGUGGAUGGGUAUGUCAAAUAAAGUUGAUAUAUUUGA